UUUGCAAUGGUAUGUUUGCAUGAGGCGGAGGCUGAACCGUUCUUACCGACUUCAUCGCCCGAACUCUGGGGGAAUAUGCAUGUCUGAAACGUGUACCGGUUUUUGGAGAGAUGACAGCCCAGCGCGAGACGACUACUCUAACUGACUGCUCGUGAGAUAAACAAUCCUCCUUUUUCACAAUGGUGAUUUUGUCGGAGGAAAAGGCAGCGAGGCAGUCCGGGAGACCGCUGCAAGUUGGUUUCUACGAGAUCAUCAAGACAUUAGGCAAAGGAAACUUUGCUGUGGUAAAACUAGCUAGACACGAAGUCACCAAAACAGAGGUUGCCAUAAAAAUCAUUGAUAAAACUCGACUGGAUGAAUCUGAUUUAGAGAAGAUUAACCGGGAAGUUCAAAUCAUGAAGCUUUUGAAGCACCCAUACAUAAUCAAGCUUUACCAGGUUAUGGAGACCAAAGCCAUGCUGUAUAUUGUGACAGAGUAUGCCAAAAAUGGAGAGGUGUUUGAUUAUCUUACCUCAGUUGGUCAUCUAAGUGAAGCAGAAGCUCGUAGGAAGUUCUGGCAACUCCUUGAUGCUGUAGAAUAUUGUCACACGCAUCACAUUGUACACAGAGACCUGAAAGCAGAAAAUUUACUCCUGGACAGUAACAUGAAUAUAAAACUGGCAGACUUUGGUUUUGGAAACUUCUAUCAGCAUGGUAAAUCGUUGUCCACCUGGUGUGGGAGUCCUCCCUAUGCCGCCCCAGAAGUCUUUGAGGGGAAGGAAUAUGAGGGACCACCCUUGGAUAUCUGGAGUCUGGGAGUAUUGUUGUAUGUAUUGGUUUGUGGCACACUACCUUUUGAUGGCACCACUCUCCUUGCCUUAAGAAGAAGAGUCACUGACGGACGCUUCAGAGUGCCCUUCUUCAUGUCACAGGACUGUGAAAGCCUUAUACGGAGGAUGUUGGCUGUUGAACCUACCAAGAGAUUCAGUUUGGCACAAAUCAAACAGCAUCGUUGGAUGCAGGCUGAUCCCUCUGCUAUAUGCCAUUCCCCUUUACACUUUUCCUGUCUUGAGACUCAUCUCCAACAAGGGACUUACAAUGAAGCAGUUCUGAGUAUUAUGCAGACAGUGGGCAUUGACAGGAAGAGAACUAUAGAGUCUCUUCAGAACAGUAGCUUCAACCACUUUUCUGCUAUCUACUGCCUGCUGUUAGAAAGAGUGAUGAAGCGUCAAGCACUGCAACAAAACAAACUGGGAACUGGGUGGCUGAAAGUGCCGGGUCUCAACCCUUCAGCAACAAUGCUGCCUUUGGAGGACGAUCUUAGCACACUAGAGUACACAUGCUCUGCUUCUGCUACCUGCCAGCUGGAGACUACAGGAUAUCAAAAGUCACAGCCUGGGGAUCUAAAAAAUAGGGAGGAGGACGAUCAGUCCACGAUCAAUCCUUCUGUGGGGUUCAGAAAAUCACAGAGACACACGCCCUCAAAUGCCAGUGCCUCCCAGAACUUUUCCUGCUUACCAAGUAUAGUCAUAGAUCGUGUAGAUGGUGCCACCUCAAACUCCUGCCUCAGGUCCACUCCCUCUGCUUCUACUAGUUCUUCUUUCACCACCCUCUGCACCCCAUUAGAGAUGGGCACUGACACCAAUGGCCGCAUGACUCAGGGAUUACGUCCGUGUUCACAGAUAUUACUAGGGAAUUCCGGCACUCACUCAUCCAUCCUUGGGCACCAGAGUUGUCUGCCCUUACCCAGCUUUCCGGAGGGAAGGAGAUCCUCAGAUUCCUCUCUUAUACAAGGUGUGAAGGCGUUCCCAAUUUAUUUGAGAAAGAAUGCCUGUAUUAAGGGCCAGCUGAGUUGGAAUAAACCGAAGGCGCCUGUGCAACACGCGUGGAUCCUAGAUGACAGUCCCCAAAGCGGUAGUACAUCUGCAGUUUUAACAAGCCCUCCAUGCUCUCCAGUGGCGCUCCACAGUGGUGUCCAGGAGAAUGUUUCAAAAAAUAAAAGGAUGGUUCCUUUUCAAUGCUAUCAGAGCCAGCAGCAGCUUCUCCCAGUGGCCUCUACUUCUUAUGUUCCAUUGAAAAAAACCACAGGCCUAGAUUCACAGCGCUUUUUCACGCCACCUCUUCCCCCACAGUAUCAGAGGAAACCCAUCAGUCUCUCCGCCUGCUUGCUCCCACCGCAGUCAGCUCCUCGCCACUCUCAAUUUUCUCUCUCCUCUUCUUCCUCCAUUGUGGAACCAGCCGCAAAGCUUCUUGAGACUCGACUGCAGAUUACUCCACAAUCUCAGUCUCUGCCUCAGGCUGGGAUUUACAUUGGCAUUGUAUCACCCUCAGUGAAGUGACCCUGAUUUUAUCCAGGAACUUUAUAAAUAAAAUAUAUAGUUUAGUAUUUGUCACAAUUGAGAGUUUAAGAGUGAGCGAAUUUACCUGAUUAAUAAAUAAAUUACUAACUACUAAUAAAUAAUUGAUGUGUUUGUACAGAGGCGAAUAGUUUUAAUGUCCAGAAAGUGGUGUGAAUAUUAUUAUUAUACAUCAUUAUACA